UCGACGAGAGAGCGAGGCUUGCGAAACAUGAACAUUGAGAGGUACAGGACACAUGGUGAAAGAAGAUGGGAAACAACAGCAACCCGUCGACAGGGUUAAAGGGCGAUAGAGUUCGGCGAGAAAUCAGAAAUCCAGCAGAAAGUACAAACAAACACAUGCACCAAGACUCGUCGCUGCGAGCUGCGGGAAAACAUUAGCAAAAGCGCAGCAAGGAGAGAGAAAAUAUCAGCGGAGCAAGAGAACCCAACAUAGGGAGAGAAAUCAACAGCCAGAGAGAGAGAGAGUGAAAGACAUUCGCAAGAACAGAGAGAGAAAUAAAUUAACAGCAAGAGAAAGAAAGAUAUCAAUAGCAUCAGAGACUGAAAGAAAUUAACAGCAGAGGGAGAAAUCAGGAGAGAGGGAGAGAUCAAAAGCAAAGAAAGCUAUCAACAGCAAGGAAAGAGAGAGAGAGAUAAAAAAAAAACACAUCAGCAGAGGCGCCCGACGUGGUCUCCGAGCUGGGAACAAAUCCUGGCGGAGGGGCUGGCCGAACCGGAGAGCAGCCACAGGGAAUGGGGCGAAUCCAGCUCUCAGGCAGCAGCCUGACUCUGCCCGAGCAUCGGUCCAGAACUCGCUACCAAACUGCUGCCUUUCAGAGCUAGGCAUGGCACUCCGCUGAUAGUUCCCGGAGGGGAACGGGUGAAAGCCGCCGGCUCAGUGGCGAUCCCCCGGAAUCGGGAAGAAGUCUGGGACACUGACAAAACCCAGGGAAUUGUGUGGAUCGGAGCAAGGAGAGGAAGCCAGUACAGCGCAGUCCAUGUGCGGACGCUGCAUCCAGGAAUACGACUGUGGCUGAUAGUUCCACUGCUGAACCAUUUCAUGGAUCAAAAUCAAGGUCUGAUAAUAUCAUCAGCAUCACAAAUUAACUUCAGUAUUAUAUGACAAAGAGUCCUGACCUGUGUGAUUCUUGGCCACUUAUCCAAGGCUGGAGCUGCUGGUUUUCCAAAAGGCCUAAGCCAUACCUGCCUGAGAAGAAUGUGAGGUGGCAUCCAGUUUUGGGAUACAGAUUACUCCAUUGUGCUCUUCCUUCCUUCUCAAGUCUUCACUUGCAUAUUCUGCUCUUGGACUCUUCUGUGAAAUAACGCUAAAAGAUCAACCUUGCAAAACAGCGAUUGUAGCACUCAUAAUAGAAUGUAUCUCAGGUAUUUUUAAUUUAUCUCAGUGGAAAUACAGUGAUUGCAACCAUCUUUCCAACUAAUUAUUUCUUGACAUGUUUCACCGAUGAACCCUACUGUGUCUUAAUGCUCUGGAAUAUUUGAGUAAAGAAACCUCACAUCUGUGACGGCUCAGUGGGACAAGUUACUGCUGGAACUCGCGAUAUGGCAGUGAGCAGUGUAAAGUCCAUGUACUGGGAAGUUUUCCCUCCAAUGCCUACCAAACGUGUGUACUGCACUCCAGUGUAUCAGGAUAGGCAGUUGUUUGUUCUUGGGGGCUGUAGUGAGACAGGAUUGCCUCUGGACAAAAUUGAAAUGUUGGAUAUUGUCAGUCAGAAGUGGACAGGGCUACCUUCAAUGCCCACUCCUCGAGCUGGGGCAGCAGCAGUCAUUUUAAACAAACAAAUCCUCAUUAUUGGUGGCAUGAAUGAGCAGCAGAACCCUUUAGGCUCAGUAGACAUCUUUAACAUCGAUGAAGGCAAGUGGGAAAAAAAGUCGCCGCUGGGACAACCUUCAAUGGGAAUAACAGCUGUCAAGAAAGAUGGCAGAGUGUACGCUUUGGGAGGCAUGGGCUCAGAUGCUGCUCCACAAGCUCUGGUACGUGUGUAUGAACCAGCCAGGGAUUAUUGGCAACCCCUACCACCGAUGCCAACACCACAGUAUGCAGCCUGUUCUUUCAUCAAGGGCAAUAAAAUCUAUGUUCUAGGAGGAAGACAGGGCAAACUACCUGUGACCGCUUUUGAAGCCUUAGACUUGGAAACAAAGAGCUGGACCAAAUAUCCAAGCAUUCCUACCCGCCGUGCAUUCGCUAAUUGUGCUACGACUGAGAAAUGCUUUUACAGCCUUGGAGGUCUUCAGCAACCAGGCCCUCAUAACUUCUACUCCAGGCCACAUUUUGUCAAUACAGUGGAAGUCUUUGACAUAGAACAAGGUAUUUGGACAAAGCAGUCCCGUUCCUGUCGAAUGAAAGAGAAACGUGCAGACUUUUCCGUGGGCCACGUUGGAGGAAGAGUGAUUGUUGCUGGAGGUCUAGGGAACCAACCCUCGCCACUUGGAUCAGUGGAAGGGUUCAAUCCAAACAAGAAGAAAUGGGAAAUUCUACCUGCAAUGAAUAAUCCACGCUGCUCUUGUUCCGGUCUCCAAACUGAUAGUAUGCUCUUUGUGAUCGGUGGUGUGGCACAGGGACCUACGAAUGCUGUGGAGGCCUUGUGUGACCGAGAAAGUAUCUGAACACUUUCAAGCAGCAAGUGUAUGGAUCAGUACUUACUCAAGAACUUAGAAGCUUCUUGGUCCUGUCAGUGUUGUUUGAUUCUGGUAAAGAAUCUCAGUGUUGUCAGUGAAAGCUGUUAAAAUAUAUUUUGUGGUUCACAGAUUUAGAAGAAAAACUUAAACACAAAGGUGAUGUUUUCUCUUGAACUUCCACAAGAUACAUAACUAUGGAUUAAUAAUAGAGAUGGGCUGAGGCAGUUAUAUCCAAUCACUUAUUCCAUUGACAUCUUUUCAAUCAGGAUGGAUAAUUUGUUAGUAGAAAGCAACAUUGGAAUAGAAUUACUUUGUAUUGAUGGUAUUCCCUUGUGUCCAGCAAUAGAUAUCAUCCUCCUUCCAAAAGACAGAUGCUAAAGAUUUGAAGUCAAAACCAAAUGUCGAAAUCUCAAGAUAGGAAAGUGAUGGAUACUUAGCAGUACUCUGUUACAGUCAGAGUUAGCAAUGGGACCAUGAGGUUGAAGAUUUUCAAGGAUAGCCCCAGUUUCAUGUUUGCUAUUUGAAAAUUUGCAUGAGUCUGGAUAAUGAUAAGGUAAUCCAUAGACUCUUAAGAUCUUUUGCAGCAGUUUACAUUAACACAGGUACAAUCUGCCAGCCUAACAAACUAUUCUAAGUGAACAUUAUGUGUUCCAGAUUGAGCAGAAUCCUAGUGACAUUGCUGUGUUCAUGCCCCAAAAAGUGCAGUAAGAUUUUUAUAUUGUCGCACUAGUGGGAAUGCUGUGACAAUUCUGUAAUCAUGUUCUAACACUGUCAUUUUUAAUUAUGUUUCUUUAAUAAUGUCACAUCAGCUUAAGCAUUGUAGAGUACUGUUAUAUUAAUACAAGUCAUAUAUUUGUGCUACUCAAAUCCAAGCACAGAAAGUUUCUGCAGUACAGAAUAACAAGUGUACGCUUCCUAAUAAAGGAUUGUACACUGUAUAAGCAGUAUAUUAUGACAGAAGUCCUACAUAAGAUUAGAUUCUUGAGAGGAGCUUGGACUGCGAAGCUAUGAAAUGUUGUAAAGGUGGUGUGGCAAUCCAACACCUGCUUUAAGUUUAUUUAAUUGGUACCAAAUUAAGUGCUUUUAGUUUGUUGGACUGUUAUUCUAGAGGAGAAGCGGGUGCCACUUCUGAAAUGUAUACAAUAGUAAUUAUACAGUAGCAUUAAUAGCAACAUUUUAAUAACCCUUGCUGCUCCUGUUCCAGUGGUGCGGCACAGGGACCUGUUAACACUGUUGGAGGCCUUGUGUGACCGAGAGUGUCUGAACACUUUGAAACAUACCUACAUUGGUAUUGGAACAAUAUGGUCACUGCUGGGUUUCUAUGUCAUUGUAACAUCAGUUUUAAUUCAGUAGGGGAUAGAUACCACUACAGGACAAGUUCACACAGUACCACUAGAAGUAAAUGUUCAGCCAUAUGAAUUAGUAUGAAUCAUACUAUGUUUGAAGCUAUAACUUUAAUGUCAAAUUAAUGUCAAAUCAAAAUUAUGUUGCUGCGGAGCAACAGAAGUAAUUGUAGUUCAGAACAAGACUUUUGGUUCAUUCUAGCUCUAUUGCCUCUGCCAUUACCCACCUAAGACCUUAUUUUAAUCAAUUUCAUUAAAACAUAGGGCAACACAGCCGACUGAAUUAAAUCCAAGACUUGACUAUUCUGCCAAGUUUGCAGAUAGUAGUCCAAAUGUCAGAGAAAGAUGGAGUGCCUAAUUGUUUAUAAAUAGUUUAAUUUCAUUGGGGGAGUGGAUAUGCAUUACUACCGUGUCUCUCUUGUCACAGCAGUUUAAUAUUUAGCUGCGAGCAAUGGUGUUCUGCAGAAGUGCCAUAUCAGAUCAAGGAAGGAAUAUUCAUUAGCAUUGUUCAAAAUCAGUUUAAUGGUGGUUCCUUUAGCUGUCACUGUAAAAGGAAGUUUUUUUUAAGCAGGACCACUCCAAUAAUCUAUUGUGAGGUUAUGUUGUUGCAUUUAAAAUACUGAAAAGUUCCUUUUGAAGGUUAACAGAUUACUCCAGUGUUUCAUUAGAUAUAUUGCCUUGUGAUGUUCAUAUGGAAUAAUUACCCCAGCAAAUUAUCAGUGCACCAUUUCUUUAGCACAAGUGGCAUUCUUAUAGACCUUGCCCCACUCAAACUAUGGUUAGCUUCCUAUUUUAAAAUGAAAUCAAUAUAGUUGCUUUGGAUUUCCUAUAAUAGUAUCACAAUACAAUUGAGGUGUCUACUAGAGUCUUGCACUAGUGUAAUGAAGGUUAGUUAUUUUCUGAUUAUGGUAAUGCUAUUUUAGCAAGUAAUGUUAUAAUAAUGAUGCACUAUCAAUGUAAGAUAUUUUAAUUGUGUUACUAUAAUGUCAUUGAGGUUUCAUUUGCUUUAUCACACCAGUGUGAUCCAUAUUCCUUCAAUAGUAUUGCAUCAAUGGAAUCUAUGGGAGUUUCUUAUAAUAGCUCAAGUUUCUAGCAAGUCUGUGUGAGUAUCCUGGGAAAUGUUAUCAGUGUAAAUGAAAUGUUAGGUUACUUUUGUAGGUAAUCAGUGUGAGUGUGAUGUCUGUAGAAGUACAGCAUUAACAUUUUGUCUAAGUGCCACAUUGAGAUAAUUGAAGUACUUAUGGUGGCAGUAGAUUGUCAUGACAAUAUAAUGUUCCUGAAGUUACAUUUCUCCACUUUAACUUGCUUAGAUACCUAAGUUCAAAUAGUAUCCUUCUGGAGAUCACUGUGACCUUUUUAAUAGAUUUGGAGCAAGGUUCCUCUGGUAUUAACACAUACAGAUGACUAUGAUUCCUGUAGUUGUACUGCCCCAGUGUAAGUGAAGUGCUUACCAUAUCUUUAAAUCAGUUUGUAUGCCAGUUUAUAUUUCUGUGACUGUGUCAAAAAUCCUACAUGAGUAUGAUAACAAUAUCACUCCAUACAAACCUGUGAAGUCCAUAUACUAAAAGCACUUUUAUAAGUGAGGAUCCAAGACAAAUAUGUUUUCCCUGAUCUUCCUCAAAUUUGAAUCAGAGCUUGAUUAUCUGGGCACUUAAAAGAGGGAUUGCCAGAAAAUUACAUAUUUCUGUGUGAACAAUGAACAACUUACACAAAAUCUCUGACUUUUAUCGAAAUAUGAACACAAACAAUAAAAAGGCAAAUCAUCUUUAACUAA